AUGGCGACCGCAGGGUCUGCCGAACGGCCUGACAGACCGGCCAGCGCCGCCACCGGCAGGUACCGGUCCGGGUCCGGAGCGGGGUCCGGGUCCUGCCCGCCGGAGAAUGAGGCAAAGAAGUGCUCGAUGUGCGCGGAAGGGCAGCCCGGCGGCAGUCCGCCCUGUGGACUGCUGGCCUGUCCGCUCUGCUUGGCCCAGAGACACUCCGGCAGCGAAGAGCGGCUCCGGCGGAGGAGCGACCCCGAGAGAAACAGCAGCAGGCCGGCCAGGAGGGACUGCGACAGCCGAAGAGAGUUCUUUGUCUCUCCUGCUCUCAUCCCAAAAUGUUCAGACGUUUCAUCGGCGCUGAUUGGGAAACACAAGAUGUUGUUGUCUGAGGACAGAGAGGAGGCCAAGAGGAGAAACACUCUGACGUGUAAAGACGAGUUGGCCCGACACGAUGAAGAGCCCGGAGUUCUGUCCGACUCUGAGAACGAGGAGCCGAUCAGCAGGAGGAUCAGAAACAUCUCGGCCUUCAUCAGGAAAACCAAAAGCUGCGCGGCCUUCAGCGGUGGUUCUCAGAGGAGUCAGAGCUGCACUGACCCGAUGGAGGACAGAGGAGGGAAGCUGAAGGUGGUCACCCAGCCGGCCCUGAUGGACAGAGUUGGUAUCAGUCACAGCUACACAGCAGGAAUCCUCCUGUCCUCCGAGAACAGUCGCUCGGUCUCGGCUCCCAUCACUGCUCCAGACCGGAGGCUCACCUGGCGGGCUGUCCUCUUGUCUUCGUCGUCGUCGUCGACGACUCCUCUGGCUCUCCCUCCGCCCAGACCCGAGCGCUCCAUCAGCCCCGAGAGCAACGACAGCAUCUCAGAAGAACUCAACCACUUCAAGCCCAUCGUCUGCUCGCCGUGCACGCCGCCCAAACGCCUACCAGAUGGCCGCCUGAUGGAGCCCACCAUAGUGAAGUCUACGCCAAGGAACCUGACCCGCGGCCUGCAGAAGGCCACCAGCUACGAGGCCAGUCCUGCUGUCCUGCAGAAGUGGAGGCAGAUCGAACUCGACCGCCAGAGUCUCAAAGUGAAUUCCAAGGCCACCCUGACGAGCCCCGUCAGCGAGCUCCACAGCAAGAAUGGUGGGGGGGAGGACAGCGGAGGAGGCACCGCGAAGAGUCUUCAGUCCCCAGCAGGACGGGACGGAGAGGGAGUGGCGGCUGUCAACAAAAGGAGGCUGCUUUUCGACCCUCCAGCCACAGAUGCGGACACCUUCCAGAAGCAGUCGGUAAAGAUCCGGGUCCCUGCCAUCCGCUACAGCAGCGAGGCGUCCUUCAAAGGAAGUUCAGACUUUGAGUCCAAAGUCGGCACUCCAGAAUCCUGCAGCGGAGGAGUGUUUUUUAGUCGAAAACAGUCGUUCUCACCGUACACUAAGAACUCUGGUUUCCAGUCGUGUAAGUUAGUGCCAAAGGACUCGCAGAGUCCAAGGAAGGAAUCCGACAGUAGCCUCCAUAACCAGUCUACCUCAAGGAGAGGCAAGAAGAGGGAGCAAAAGACCAAACACCUGGACUCGGACCGGGACUCGGACGUGAAGAGGAGCCGGUCGGGCAGCCAGGAGACCUUUGACGAGCGGUACAUCUGUCAGAUCCAGCAGGAGCGUCAGGACCGAGCGCUCGCCCUGAAGCUGCAGAGACAGUUUGACCUGGAGAACCAGAGCGUGAACAGCAGGAGGAGCCCCAACACGUACUUCCUGCGGUCAUGGAUUUCCAAUCAGAACCGCAGGAGGCGUGGCCUGAGGAGAUCCCGACGAAUCAACAAGAAGCACUAGAGAGGAGUGUUUGAGGUUCAUAUAUGCAAAGUGUUGGUUUAAUGAAUGUUUUCACACGACCGUCGUCUCAUUGGCCGUCAGCCAAACGCUGGUGAGGGAAAGGUCAGUAGCCAUUUUCACAUCUGUUCACCAGCAAAUCACCAAAACGACGGGAAAAAACCAGCCAGUAAACUCAUCACAUCUCACACAGGCGGAUGUGUGGCUUUGCUUUUGACAUUUAAUGGUUUAAAGCGCGGAUUGACCAACCAGAAAAAGCCAUAAAUGCUGUAUAAAUCAACACACGAGUUGUUGGAGGCCUUUGGUGGAGUCCAGCACUCCAGCCCAAACACAAACACUUCCUGACCCAGGUUUUCUGGUCUCAUGUCGUUCAGAUUGUCUUCAUUAACAUGAACUGAAAGAAUGAAGCUCUUAACACCGAGACAGCAGCAGGGACGAUUGAUCUAGUUAUCUGAUACUGGCGGGACCUUUUGUUUUAUCUGGCUCACGGACUUAAUUAAGAAAAUACAAACAUUCUACGAAGUUUGAACAGAACUAUUUUCAGCCUGGUAGCAAAUAUUCUGUGGCUGACUGUCGGUCCACGGUGCAGAUCUGUUUGAACCAGUGGUUCUCAACGUUUGAGUCAGGUUAGAGCAGGGACCCCCUUUGAUAAGGUUUCUGCUUUCAAAAGUUUUAAGUCUGUCAUUGUGGAUGGAUGACGGAAGGAACCCACUUUGAGAGCCGUUGUUUUUAACAUUUGUCAGGUCAGAUCAGGAGGCGGAGUCCACCUCUCGACACACCUGUAGCCCCUGUGUGGAGGAGGUCUUUGCACCCCAUGACGCAGAAGGCUGGUACCUCCUCAGACCGGAGGAUCAGAGGAGCGUCAUUUCAGUUCCUGGUGGUGAACUUCAGUUAUUAGGUUACUCUGUGACGUCGGGUCUCUCCUCCGAAAACGCCAUGAAAGGUGGAUACGUUUUACUCGAGUUGUGCUGCAUCUUUGAGCCAAUCUGAGUGGGUUAUCUUCACGGUUCACUCGCUUUAACAUCUACAGUCACACAGGCCCUCCUACAGCUGCUUCGUGGAGGAGAUCUUAAUGGGCGGGUCGGUCUCUGAGGGGUGUACAUGCAUACAGAACAGGGGGGUAACAACCAGAGAAAAACCUUUCACGUUCUCUGAGAUUGAAGUCAGAAAUUUACACGAAUAAAUCCAGAUCAGCCUUGUUUUGUGAAUGCACAGUGAUGUGCUGAGUCAUGCUGCAGAUAGGGACAGGGACCUGAAGACAUGUCCUCAGUGAUGUCCUCAUUCAAAAUGAUUUGAUUCCAAGUGAAACUGAAACACAAAGUCACUGCUAGAAGUCUGAAUGUGUGUCAACAUGAGGGGAAGGUGAUCUGAUUACCAACCUGCUGCAUCAGUUCCCUGAUGACUCGUGUGACCUGAUCUCAGGUCAGUCAGGUAAACGCUCUGACGCAGAAGAACACGCUCACCUGGAGCUCCAAACAGAAGUGACCAAAGUAAAGUGAGCAGAACCUGAGGAGGUCUGGGGCUGCGUUCAGAGCGUCAGUCCAGUUCAGUUUCACUGUGGACGUCACGCUGCCGUGGCCGAUCAUGUACGCCAACAAUCAGACCAGCUGAUUGUCCCUGUACGUCAACAAUACUUUAAAGUGAUUGUUCCAGUGUCAAACUGCUCUGUGAGCAGGUUGUGGAGAAGAACCAGAAACAACACGUGAUUUCUCCACAAACAAUCCAGAAGUCCUCCACCAAACAAACGGGGACACUCGAUUUGGCAGCAAGGUGGCGCCAAAUGUGCAGGAAAUAAACAUCAACGACUUUUUAACUGCAGUGAAUGUGCUCACACGUCCUCCACCCAGCAGCAAUCAUCACAAGACCUGAUGUGGUCUGAGGACAGCCCGAGUCCUCCCCAACACGUCCAACAUGGUGUUUCUUCACAACGCUGAGUGAAGGCGUCCGAGUCCAGUUCAUGUGUCUGCGUCCUUCAGCAGAACAUCAACAAACUUCUCCCAGUUUGGUCCCUGGUUCAUCUCUGCAGCCGGCAGUCUUCCAGUCUGAGCUUAUCUCAGACGUUGUUUUUGUAUCGACCCCCCCAGUGCGUGGACGGACCGCUGAGGCUCGUGGG